UUUUUUAGUUAGUUGUAUUGUUGUUGACAGACAACAAACUGGCGAUUCGGAAGUAGCAGCGGGUUCGAAGUGUAGCAAGCAUAACAAUUAAACACACACGUAUACAAACCAAAGAAUUUAUAGGGGCGUCAUAAAAAAAGAAGACGAGAAAAAAGAAAGUACACUUUGUUUAUAGUUCGAGUACGUAGUACAACGUCACUCAAGCAUAAUUAAUUUAUUAAGAAGAAAUAUUUUCAAUCAUGGAUUACACACCUACUCCCUCUGUGGUUCCAGCCAAUCCUUUUGAUGCCGAAGCCGAUGCCGCUGCUUUGCGUGGCGCAAUGAAAGGUUUUGGCACUGAUGAACAGGCCAUUAUUGACAUUCUCACAGCCCGUUCCAAUGCCCAACGUCAGCAGAUAAAAGAACAAUUUCUACGUGAAUAUGGUCGAGAUUUGAUCGAUGAUUUGAAAAGUGAACUGGGUGGAAAAUUUGAGGAUGUCAUUAUUGCCCUGAUGAUGCCUCCAGUUGAAUAUUUAUGCAAACAAUUACAUAAGGCAAUGGCUGGCAUGGGAACCGAUGAAAGUUCUCUCGUUGAAAUACUCUGUACAAAAUCGAAUGAAGAAAUGUCGGAAAUUGUGAAAUGUUACGAGGAUAUGUAUGAUCGUCCAUUGGCCGAACAUUUGUGCAGUGAAACUAGUGGCCAUUUUCGCCGUUUGUUGACAUUGAUUAUAACGGGUGUGCGCGAUCCAGUGGGUACUGUAGAUCCCGAAAAGGCCAAGGAACAAGCUGAACAAUUGUAUAAUGCUGGUGAAGCUAAAUUGGGCACGGAUGAAGAGGUGUUCAAUCGUAUUUUGGCCCAUGGUAGCUUUGCCCAGCUGCGUUUGGUGUUUGAUGAAUACAAAGAGUUGUCGGGUCAGACAUUGGAACAGGCAAUUAAGCAUGAAAUGAGUGGUGAAAUGCAUGAAGCCAUGAUGGCAAUUGUGGAAUGUGUUCAAUCCCCAGCUGCCUUCUUUGCAAAUCGUCUAUACAAUGCCAUGUCCGGAGCUGGCACCGAGGAUACAACUCUAAUACGUAUUAUUGUUUCACGUUCUGAAAUCGAUUUGCUAAAUAUUAAAGAUGAAUUUGAACGAAUCUACAAUCGCACUCUUGUUAGUGCUAUAAAGUCCGAAACAUCUGGCGAUUACAAGCGUGCCUUGUGUGCUUUGAUUGGCGGUGCCUAAAUUACUGUUGAUGUUUUAUAUUUUCGGUGGUAGAUAAUGCUGGCUUUUUAUAAUGAAAAUUCCCAAUUCGUGUCUUUAGCAGCUAUAGUUGUCUAGUAAAACUUAAAAAUCCUUAAAAUAGAGAUCAUUUUUAUGUUAAAUUAUUAAA